UGCUUCUAAUCAAGCAUAGAACUCUGUUCCCCCUAGAUUCCGCAGAGUGUCUUUUCCCUGACUGGACUCUCUCCCUUCAAUGGGAACGAGUUAUUGAAACAAAUAAAUAGCUGAUCAACACAUCAGGAGCUGGUAUUGAGUUUUGGGCUAAGAGGCGACAGCACUUUACAAGGCAUCCUGGGAUAGAGCAAGGGCAUCAGACUUUCCUGACUGGACACAAUCAAGAAACCAAGACACCACUACCAUGGCGGGGAAGCCCAAGCUUCACUACUUCAAUGGAAGGGGCAGGAUGGAGUCCAUCCGGUGGCUCUUGGCUGCAGCUGGGGUAGAGUUUGAAGAGAAGUUUAUAGAAACUCGAGAAGACUGGGAUAGGAUAAGAAAUGAUGGGAGUUUGAUGUAUCGGCAAGUGCCCAUGGUUGAGAUUGAUGGGAUGAAGCUGGUGCAGACCAGGGCUAUUAUCAACUACAUUGCCAGCAAGCAGAACCUCUAUGGGAAAGACAUGAAGGAGAGAGCCCUGAUUGAUAUGUAUGUGGAAGGUGUGGCAGAUUUGAAUGAAAUGACCAUUGUUUUCCCCAUGCAUCCACCUGGGGUCAAAGAAACAAAGCUUGCGGAGCUCAAAGACAAAGCGAAGAAUCGCUAUUUUCCUGCCUUUGAAAAGGUGUUGAAGAGCCAUGGACAAGACUACCUUGUUGGCAACAAGCUGAGCAAGGCUGACAUUCUCCUGGUUGAACUUCUCUACAACGUGGAAGAGCUCGACCCCGGUGCGAUCACCAGCUUCCCUCAGUUGCAGGCCCUGAAAACCAGAAUCAGCAGCCUCCCCACCGUGAAGAAGUUUCUGCAGCCUGGCAGCCAGAGGAAGCCUCCUAUGGAUGAGAAAAUGUUAGAGGAAGCAAAGAAGAUUUUCAUGUAAAUAAAGCAGGUGUAGGAAAUAAGCCCAUGUUAUCCAGUCUUCUGAAGUUUUCACUCAUGAAGUAUCUCCCUUAUGUGUUGAUCCUGGUUGUUGUGAAGCUAAUAAACCUGUUUCAAAUGA